CUUUUUUUCCAAAUCGCUAAAUAAGACAUUCGAUUUUCAGAAUAUCAGUGAUCCUCAGAAUUGAACACCAGAUCGAAUCACUUUUUAUAUAUUGAUUUUUCGAUAAAAGCGUAAGACAGAGCCACCCUAUCCCCACUACGAUCCUUGGAAGCCGGGAUGAGAUCAAUAGAAAGUUCGCGCGAACGUUCUGUCUUCGGUAAAUCUAUUCGCAGUCAAAAUUUGACGGGGUGUCGCGCGAGGAGGAGCGUAGGGACCCGGUGAACGAUGGAGAACGCUAAAACACGUUCUUAAAUGUCGUGAAACGAGAAUAUCCUCUCGAGUGCACGACCCUCUUUCGCGAAGCCCUAAAGCUUCGGGGGUGAAACGGUCGCUCUAUGAAUAAUUAGUGAUUCUCCGUUCGAGGCGAUCAGCGAUCAACGAUGGCUGUGAUUCACGCGAAGAAAGUACGGUUUUUAACGUCGUGCUGCUGGGGUGUGUCGUAGAGCAAAGGAAACGUAGAAGAAAUUUAGGCCGUUUACAUAGAUACGCGAAAAAUAUUCACAGGCUAUACGAUGUUGAUGCUUCUAAUUGUUUUAACGUUGACAAACGCGAUCGAGGGUUCGUCAACUGCGGACGACGCCGACAAUGUGUUGCAUAUCGGUGGUAUUUUCCCGAUAGCAGGAGAGGGUGGGUGGCAGGGUGGCCAGGCUUGCAUGCCAGCUGUGAACUUGGCUCUUGACGAUGUUAAUCGCGAAAAAAAUCUACUGCCAGGAUUCAUACUCAAACUCCACUCGAACGACAGCGAGUGCGAGCCAGGACUCGGUGCAUCGGUGAUGUACAACUUGCUGUAUAACAAACCGCACAAACUGAUGUUGCUAGCAGGAUGUAGCACCGUCUGUACGACCGUCGCCGAGGCUGCAAAAAUGUGGAAUCUGGUUGUGUUAUGUUACGGUGCGUCAUCGCCAGCUUUGUCCGAUCGAAAUAGGUUCCCCACGCUGUUCAGGACCCAUCCAUCCGCUACGGUGCACAAUCCAACGAGAAUCAAAUUGUUACAAAAAUUCGGUUGGUCUCGCGUAGCGAUUUUACAGCAAGCCGAAGAAGUGUUCAUAUCUACUGUAGAAGAUUUAGAAGCUCGUUGCAAGGAGGCAGGAAUAGAAAUAGUCACUCGUCAGAGCUUUCUGUCGGAUCCAUCGGACGCGGUGAGGAACCUUCGUCGGCAAGAUGCCAGGAUCAUCGUUGGUCUGUUCUACGUCGUGGCCGCGAGAAGGGUUUUGUGUGAGCUGUAUCAUCAAAAUCUCUACGGUAAAAGUUACGUAUGGUUUUUCAUCGGAUGGUACGAAGACAACUGGUUCGAAGUGAACUUGGAUAAGGAGGGAAUCACCUGCACGAAGGAUCAAAUGAGGCUCGCGGCCGAGGGACAUCUCACGACGGAGGCUUUAAUGUGGAACCAAAAUAAUGACACGACAAUCAGUGGGAUGACAUCCGAGGAUUUUAGACAGAGGUUGAACAAAAUGCUGAAGGAGGACGGUUACGAUAUCGAUAACAAUCGAUAUCCGGAAGGAUAUCAAGAGGCGCCGUUGGCUUACGAUGCUGUUUGGUCUGUAGCGUUAGCAUUUAAUAAAACAAUGGAAAAACUGAGUAAACAGGGAAAGAGCUUGAAGAACUUUACCUACGUCGACAAAGAGAUAGCCUACGAGAUUUACUCCGCGAUUAAUUCCACCCAGUUUCUAGGAGUAUCUGGAUACGUUGCGUUCAGCUCGCAAGGUGACAGAAUCGCAUUGACCCAAAUCGAGCAGGUGAUCGAUGGAAAGUAUGUUAAGUUAGGGUACUACGAUACGCAAAGUGACAAUCUUACGUGGAGGAACAUGGAACGAUGGAUCGGUGGUAAAGUGCCGCAAGACAGGACCAUUGUGAGAACUGUCCUAAGAACGGUCUCGUUGCCUUUGUUUAUCUGUAUGGGGACUAUAUCAUCCGUGGGGAUCGUAAUAGCCAUUGCCUUGAUUAUUUUUAAUAUUUGGAAUAGGCAUAGAAGGGUGAUCAUGUCCUCUCAUCCUGUGUGCAACACCAUAAUGUUGGUAGGAGUGAUAGCAUGUUUCGUGUCGGUAUUUCUUUUGGGUAUCGAUGGUAGAUUCGUAUCACCGUGGGAGUAUCCAGCCGUUUGUCAAGCCAGAUCUUGGAUGCUGUCGACGGGUUUCACUUUAGCGUUCGGAGCUAUGUUCAGCAAAGUAUGGCGGGUCCAUAGGCUGACGACAAAAACGAAAGCCGAUCAGGCGAAGUUGUUCAUGGCUAAACAAAAAGUUUCGUCCAUACAGAAGAAGGUUCAACCGUGGAAGCUGUACACGAUGGUGAGCGGACUGUUGGCAGUUGACAUCGUGCUGUUGGUUUCCUGGCAGGUGCUCGAUCCUUUGCAAAGGAAAAUGGAAACGUUUCCGUUGGAAUCGUCGCCAUUUGGCGAUGACGACGCGAGAAUUAGACCCGAAUUGGAACACUGCGAAAGCGUACACAACAACAUUUGGUUGGGUUUAAUGUACAGUUACAAAGGGAUCAUUCUGGUGUUCGGGCUGUUUUUGGCUUACGAGACGAGAAGCAUCAAAGUUAAACAGAUCAAUGAUUCCAGAUACGUAGGGAUGUCGAUAUAUAACGUGGUAGUCCUCUGCUUGAUCACAGCUCCCGUGACGAUGGUGAUUGCCAGCCAACAAGAUGCCAGCUUCGCUUUCGUCGCGCUUGCUAUUAUUUUCUGCUGUUUCCUGAGCAUGGCUCUAAUUUUCGUACCUAAGGUGAUCGAGGUAAUCGGGAACCCUAAAGACAAGGCUGAAUCCAAAUACAACCCAGACGUAGGUAUGUCGAAGGAGGACGAGGAAAGGUAUCAAACGCUUCUCCGCGAGAACGAUGAACUUCAGAAGCUUAUCGCUGCGAAAGAAGAGAAGAUCAAAGUUUUGAAACAGAUGCUGGCCAAAAGAGAUACGUUAAAAGGUGAUAGCGGAAACGUCCCGAAGGAUUCGCUGAUCGUCGCCGAUUUCGUCACAGGCGAAGGAACCUCGGACAGCGCAAUCGGUGGGGGUAUUUCCGUUUAUACACAAUCAUCUCGAGCUUCUGCUUCUGAUUUUGAAUUCUCAGGAUCGUACUUGUAGAUUCCUCGCGCGUUAAUCCUUUCGCUGCCUAUUACGUGUAUAUACAAUGUUAAAUACCUGACUAUUAAUUAUAAAAUCGAGAGCUCGAAAACUUGGCAGAAUCUUUGCAAAGCAUCCUGUAUACGAUUAUAAAUUGAAAUGUUGCGAAUAAAUGUUAUAGACAGCUAGGUUGCGAUGCAGCGAGAGGGUUGAGCAUUACUAAUUUAAGAUAAUGGGACCUAACAACUAUACCAGUUCUUUUCUAACGAUAGCAUUUAAUUUUCAUAUCUUUCUAAGGCUCGACACGCUUUCUUUAGUAAUCUUCUAUUUGUGCAUUACCACGUACCUUCUAAUCAAACCAUGAGAGAAACGAAUGCACCGAAAUUAUAAAAAAUUCGGAUUACCCGUUAACUCGGGGCUAAUAUUAUUUUUAAGUUACGUAGAUCGGUACGAUGCGCCUUAAAGAAGGCGUUCUCUGUGUUGAUAUAUUCGGUGUCUAAACGUAUCAAUGUUGAAUGUGUAUACCGUCAAAGUAAUAGAUGUGCGUAUGCGUGGAAAAAAUCGUGCAAGUUAAAUAUGUGAUUUAGCGAAAAGAAGCAAACAAGUUUCGAUGUUAAGAUAUUUUCACGCGCGAGACAGUUAUACGUAUCGACAAAAAGAAGUUGGCCUACAAAUGUCGCGCGGCAAUCUCGUUUACAACGAUCUUUUUCGUUAUAUAAAGAUACAUUUAACGCAUAGCUACAGAUUAAUCGAGAUUUUAUUACACGAUAUUUGUACAGAGAAGUUUUAUCUAACUCUUAAUUGAAUCACAGAAUAAAUGAACUCGUGUGGCGUUCUAUCGGAUACGAAAGAGGAGAAACGUAUCCGAUGAGAACGCGAAAAGAGAUCAAUUACGUAACACGGACCAAAAGAGGAUACUUCGCGAAAUACUUACUGUUGACUUUUUAAUACUUUACGCUAAACGCGAAAUUGUACGCGUUUGUUCACUGAAAACCGCCCACCUUUGUGGUGAUUAUUCGAAUUUCUUCGCGCACGGUCUACACGGGUCCAAAAUGAGAGGGACGAAACAUUUAUCGUUUUUGUCAAAAACCUCGCGUUAUCAUGUACGAACAUCUUCCCGAAUGACGAGAUCGAAUCCAUUCGCCUUCUACGGAAGAAGGUACAAUCGCGUGUAAUUUAGACUUCCUUUGGUUAAGGAGAAGUGUGAGGGAGGAAGUGUCCCAUCACUCACGGGAUUUAUUUGACCUUGUUUUUAUUUGGAAAUAUCAAAGGCGUUAGCUUAGGUUUUCACUAGGCAACUUCUGGAUUCUACUUAGACUUCUAUUUAGGUUCUCACCAGAAUUCCUCUCUCGAGAAACUUUCAGAGUUGUCCCUAUAUUUUCUGUCUAGAUUAUCCGUAAGGAUUCAUCCAAGAUCAAAGGCGAAUAGCUAAAGAUCGGUUUUGCUAACGUUUCCCUUAACCAAGAGAAACCUAACGUUGCACCUCGAUGUGCCUAAGUCAGGAUUUGGACAAAUUGAAAUGUUUUCGUUUAAGGGGAUGAUAUUUUAUUACGCGCGACUCCACGAUCAAAAAUAGUCGAGAAGUUUUGUUUCUCUCAGGCCUAAGUUCUUCGCAUUAAUUCACGAAUGAUCAAUAAAAAUUGCAGUUAAAUCUCGUUAGACAAUGACCUGGUCGUUUCCGAAACGCUGCGAAUCGAUGUGAACCUCAUGAAGUCUGCUCCCAAAUUGUACGGAACGCGAAAUUAGAGAUGAUUAUGGGCAAAAGAAGGACACGCUAACGAGAUUUAAACGCUUGGAAAUGAGACGCCAUUCAUAAAUAAUUUGGGAGUCUUGAUGAGGUGGAUCGAUACAUUCAGACGCUUAAUCUUUCAGAUUACUCAUGUCGUAACGGACUCGAGGGUCCGAACGGACUAGGAAUUAUUUAUGAAUGGACACGAAAAUCUGAACGCUUUUUCCAAAUGGUAUCUGAAGGAUUAUCGUUUUUCAAUUCUUCUUUCUAGAAACGGACCAGGUUGGCUGAACGCAACAGAGCCACGUCGAUUAGGACGUCGAAAGCAAUACACCUGUGUGAACGGGCUGAAAGCUCUCUAUUUCUCUCUAUCUUCUAAAACUAGCAAUCAAUGUACACGCACAAUCCCCACGGAACCGCAGAUUUUUAUUUUGUAACCGGAAGAGAAACCGGGGAUCGUGUUGCAACGAUUGAAAUGCGAUUUUGUCGUUGUAUCGCGGAAGAAACGCCACCUGUACAGUUACGUACAACGAUUACUUUUCUUGGUAACGGAAAUUAUGGUGACCUCACGCUACUCUUGUUCCUCAACUUUAAUUUCUGUCGAUGGAGUACGUGACAGAGUAUACUAACGCAAGCAACUUAUUCGAGUAUCCUACUAUCUAAGUUACAUCGAUGCCGUAUACUAGCGUUAGUAGAAAGAACCACGCGUUUAUAAUGCUCGUAUAAGCAAUUAGGUGAGUUCACUACCCACCUUUCCUUAUUACUCUAACCUACUAGCGCCGGUAUGCUCCAGUACCUAUCAUGGCAAACUUCCCUUACUCUACCUCUUACCAACAGAAGUCAUCGUUUCUCGUAACUGUACAGUACCGAAAGAGAUUAUUUUCAGCGAAUAAUAUCCAGGAAGGACUCAGUAGCCCCCUGCCCUUCUUCCUCUUUAAAAGUCGUGUUAAAAAUCAAUGUACACCUUGGAAGGUAUUUAUAGAAAAUUUGUAAACGUUGCAGUUCAGUUAAUGUUACGACUUAGAGGAAACUCGAUGAAAUAUUUAACAGUUGUUUUAACGGAACGAUAAGAAGAUUCGAUCUUUCUAAAUAGCGAAUCUAAACGUUAGAGAGAUGUUCAGUUUAGAAGUUGUUUAACGUUGUCGAAAAGAUGAUGUGAUUUGACUGCAAUUCAGAUUUUACCAGUAUAUAAAUUGAUUUACGUGUACAACGUAGAUUGGAUAAUUCAUGGAGCACAGCAUUUUCUGUCAUGCAUCUAAAUUUCACCAUUGUACGUGUACAUGACGGUUACAGAGAUUCUAUGAAUGUUUCUGUUGAAUCGUUUCUAGCAUAAUCAUCGUCGCGCUCAUCUACGUAUUUUUUACUGUACUUCUUCGAUCGACUGUCGCGCGAAAUAGCGCUCGAUUACGGUAUUAUUAUUAUACACUAUACAUGUAUAGUCCUAUCGAACUGUUGAAGAAAGUAUCAUAUAUAUGUACGUUAGAAUAUGGAGAUAUAUUUAUUUUUAAGUUUUUAAAUUAUAAAAAUUCGUUAAAAGUCA